CUUGGACAGCACAACUUUGCUCCUGGCCUAUUUUAAAACAAAACUCAUCAGGAUGGAGAGAACGAUUAUUUUCUGUAUGUUUUUCUUCUUUUCCAGUACAGUGCUGGCUGCAGCUUCACACAGAGCAGUAAAAUACAAACAGAUUCUCCUGGUAAUUGAAAAGUUAGAACACGCAGUGAAAGAUAAGGAUGUUGAAUGGCUGCAUACACCUGAAAACCCUGUGGAGGGAUGCAUGGACACAGCUCUGAGCUGCUUCAAGAAUGGCACACUGCAAUUACAACCCUUAAACAGCCAAGUGAACACUACGUUCACCAAAGCCAUCAGAGUCUUCAGAAAAUACACCAUCAGAAGUCCUGGAAAGGUAGGAUUUCCUCACAGUGCUCAGAAUGGUGAUCAUUGCUCCUUAUUUUCUAUAGCAGACACCACCUGCAAGGGUAGAAUUGUAGAAAGCAAACUCCAGUGUGAGUCUUCAUGUGAAUCCUACAAGAAGAAACCCCCCAAAGAGUUUUUGACGAGCUUUGCAAAACUAAUCCAAAAGCUGAUGUUCAUUAACACCACGCUUCUGGGCAGUGUCAGCACAGUCACAGCGGGCAACUCCGUACACUUCAAAUACGCUUUGAUUCACACGAUCCUGUGGCUCCGUGCUAACUUCGAUUUGUCAGAGUUACGAAAGGCUGAGGGUGUUAUUCAGUGUGCUAUUUGA